AUGCUCAGGUCUGCCAUCCCCAGAGCCAACGCGCUCCGAGCCUCUACCAACAGGCCUCUCCUGGCUAGGGGGUUUGCCAGCUCUCUCGCUAUCGCAGAGGAACUCAAGAAGACGCCUCUGUACGACUUUCACGUCGCGCAGGGCGCCAAGAUGGUGCCCUUUGCCGGCUAUUCCAUGCCUCUGAGCUACGGCGAUGUCGGCCAGAUCAUCGCGCACAAGCACGUCCGCGCCUCUGCCGGUCUCUUUGACGUCUCCCACAUGCUCCAGCACACCUUCACCGGCCCCUCUUCCCAAGAAUUCCUCCUCACCCUCGUCCCUUCCUCUCUCCAGUCCCUCCAGCCCUUCUCCUCCACCUUGUCUGUUAUCUUGAACGAGCAAGGAGGUAUCAUUGACGAUACCAUCGUCACAAAACACGCCGAGGACAAGUGGUAUGUAGUUACCAACGCCGGCAGGGCCGCUGAGGACCGCGCCUGGAUUGGGCAAAAGUUGGAAGCUUGGAACAAGGCGCAUGCUGGUAAGGAAGUGGAGUGGAAGACGCUUGAUGGGUGGGGACUUGUAGCCCUCCAGGGUCCUCAGGCAAAGGACGUGCUGCAAGGGUUGACAGAGACGGAUUUGAAUGGAAUCAAGUUUGGGCAAAGCGCGUUCUUGGGGUUGAAGGCGAAGGACGGGGAGGUUGUCGAGUGCCACGUUGCGAGAGGAGGAUACACUGGCGAGGAUGGUUUCGAGGUGUCUAUCCCUCCAAGCAAGACCCAAUCCAUCACUGACGCGAUCACCGCCGCCCCCGAAGUCAUGCUUAUCGGCCUCGGGGCCCGAGACUCUUUACGACUCGAGGCUGGUAUGUGCUUGUACGGACACGACCUCGACGAAAGCGUCAGCCCUGUCGAAGCUGCUCUGAGCUGGGUCAUUGGUAAAGACAGGCGCGCUGCGGAUGCUGAACCGGCUUUCCCUGGCAAGUCCAGGAUCCUCGAAGAGCUCGCCAAGGGACCUUCCAGGCGCCGAGUCGGAUUCGAGAUUAUCGGCUCCCCCGCCCGAGAAGGUAGCAAGGUCUUUGACAACUCUGGCAAAGAACUCCUCGGUGUCAUCACCUCCGGUAUCCCCUCGCCCACUUUGGGAUCCUACAUCGCCAUGGGCUAUAUUGCCAAUGGCAGCCACAAGAAGGGUACCGAGGUCAAGGUGGAGGUGCGAAAGAAGUUGAGGGACGCUAUCGUCAGGCCUAUGCCUUUUGUGCCGUCAAAGUAUUUCAAGUAG